AUGGGUAAGAAGGACCGAAAAGUGGGCAAGGGACCCAAUGCCUUCUCUUCCUUUUCAAAGAAACAAGACGCAAAAAAUGAAACAUCUCUGCCUAAGCUCGAUAAGGGAAAAAGCAAAAUCAGUGAUGAACUUCGACAGGCCGUCAAGGAUCUAGGAGGGGAUGAUAGUGAUUUGGAGCUUAUAGCUGGGGUGGAUGAAGAUGGUGAGGACGAGUGGACUGGGAAUGCUGGAAAGAACUCCGAGAAGGACGUCAAACAAGCUUUGAAAGAGUUCAUGAAGGGUCUGGAUUUUGGGAAUGUGCCCGCUGAGGAGGUAAGCGAAGAUUCGGAGGGAGAGGUUGAUGCAGAGAGCUCGAAUGAUGAUGAGGAUGUAGAAGAGGAGGAGGAACAAGACGAUGAAAUUGACCAUCCCGAAGCUGAGGAGGAGGAGCAGGACGACGAUGACGACGACGACGAACAGGAAUCAGUGGAGAAGGAAAAACCCCGUGCAUCUGUCAAAGCCCCCGCUGCCCCAGAGAAGCCCAAAAAAGUCGCAACGGAUGAAAAGGUUGACAGAUCUCCUACCAGUGGUUCAACAGUCCCCGCUGCCCCUUCCUGGCCAUCCCUCGUCCCUCCUCUCCCCACUCCGUCUGCCCCUUUGAAACCAUUGCCCGCUUCCAAACUCAACACUCUUCGUCAACGUGCCAACCAUCUCUUAGAUACUCUAACUCCACUCAACAAAUCUUCGUCGUCCUCCGAUGCAGCUUUCAUCUCACAAAUUCUUCAAUCAGGUACCCAUCAAGAUAAACUCGCUGCCCUCAUUUUGCUCGUCCGUGAGAGUCCCGUGCAUGCCGUAAAGGAGCUCAACAGACUCCGUGCGAUGGCAGGAUGGAAAGAAGAUGCUGUAGGGGCAGGUGGGGGGAAUAAUGAUCAACGUGUUGCUGUACUCAAAGCUUUGGCCGACUGGUGGAUUACUGGUGGGGGUAAGGAAUCUGGCAAGCUAAAGUAUUUCGCGGAUCAACCUCUAUUAGCACAUCCUCAAAUCAGUGACAGACAUUUGUUGUUAUAUGCUUUCGAAGAUUAUCUGAAGAAAUGGUACUUCAACAUACUUCAAGUCAUUGAGGUUUCUUCACAUGUUACUCUCCCUUUCGUAAGGAUGCAAGCACUUCAUAUCAUCUUUCAACUCCUCCAGGGUAACGCGGAGCAAGAACAGAAUCUUCUCCGUCUAGGAGUCAACAAAUUAGGUGACUCGGACAAAUCGGUGGCUUCACGAGCAUCAUAUCAUCUUCUACAAUUACUUCAGAUACAUCCCAAUAUGAGAGCUGUCGUUGCUCGUGAAGUCUCCACACUCGUCCUGAAACCUUCUCCCGGAGCUGGUUCCACUCCCUCAUCCUCCGCACACGUCCGAUUCGACGAUGAUAAGAAGAAGAAAAACAAAAAACCUUCGAAAACCGAAACUACUUCUCACGCCAGAUACUACGGUUUAAUCACUCUCAAUCAGAUGACACUCACCAAUAAAGAUAAAGAAGUGGCUAAUCGACUUGUUCAACUAUACUUCGAAAUCUUCCGUGAGAUCCUGGGCGACAGUAUGAACAAAGGUCAUGAUUCAGACGUCGAGAUCGGAGAUGAUCAACUGGGACAAGAACAAGUAGAGAAGGUAGCUGGAAAAGUCGAGAAAUGGCGUGGUAGAAGAAAAGGUGCAAAACCGAAAGGCGGACGUAAAUCCGCCAUGGAGAAUGAGGAGUUGGUCGAGACAGGGGAAGCGAAAUUGGUUGCAGCUGUGUUGACGGGAAUCAACCGUGCAUUACCUUUUGCCAGUCUGGAUGAAGAUUCAUUUACACAGUAUAUGGAUUCAUUAUUCAAGAUUACCCAUAGUGGGACGUUCAACACUUCUAUACAAGCCCUCGCUCUCAUCUUUCAAAUUUGUCAAUCCCGUCAGACAGUAUCCGACAGGUUUUAUCGCACGCUUUAUGAUUCAUUAUUUGAUCCGAGACUCAUCACGGCGAGUAAACAAGCCAUGUAUCUCAACUUAUUAUUCAAAUCUUUGAAAGCGGAUACCAGCGUUUCUAGGGUCAUGGCUUUUGUCAAACGUCUUUUGCAAAUGUUAACGUCACAUCAACCGCCUUUUAUCUGUGGAGCUCUUUAUCUAUUAGGCGAACUAUUUUCCACUACACCUGGGCUGAGAAGAAUGUUGGUGGAGCCUGAAGAUGACGAGGAGCAUUUUGUCGAUGUUGAUGCCGGUCCUUCUGAUGCUCCGACAAACCCUGCACGUCCUUCUAUGACUUCAUAUGAUGGGAAGAAAAGAGAGCCACAAUUUGCACAUGCUGAAACGUCGUGUCUUUGGGAGCUACUCCCUUUUAUCGAUCACUUCCAUCCUUCCGUCUCCCUACAAGCUACCCAACUUCUCAACUCCCAGCCCCUCACUGGCUCUCCCGAUAUCUCACUCAACACCCUCGUGUCUUUCCUCGACCGAUUCGUCUACCGUAACCCGAAGAAAAACCUACAGCCAAAAGGGGCAAGUAUAAUGCAACCCGCUGCGGCUGGUGACAAGUCGGGUCAGGUGGUCAUGCAUAAAGGUGCGAGAAGCGCGGAGAUGGGUUAUGUGAACGAUGAGAAAUUCUGGAGAAAGAAAAUUGAAGAUGUUCCUGUUGAUCAACUUUUCUUCCAUAAAUACUUUUCGUCUAAACUCAACAAGGAGAACGAUGAAGAUGAUGAUGAUGAGCAAGUCGGUGAGGGGAGCGAGCUGGAUGAGGACGAAGUGUGGAAGGCGAUGCAGGCUAGUAUGCCUGAUGCUGGUGAGAUGAGCUUGAGUGAGGAUAGCGAUGAUGAAGAUGGGGAUGGUUCCGAUGUUGGGUCUAUGGAUGGUGAAAGUGAGGAAGACGAUGAUAUGGAGGAUAGCGAAGGCGACGCUGAGAGUGAAGAUGGGGAAGAGGAAGAGAGUGAAGAUGAUGAUGAGAACGAGGACGAGGACGACUCAGACGAGGGAUCGUUGAAGAAGUCAUCGGCUGUGAUCGGAAAGAGAGAUAAAAAGCAGAAGAUCUCACGAUUACCUUCACCCGAUUCAGACGAAUCUAACUUUCCCUCUGUGGAAGACGAGGAUGAUCUCAUUUCUCUAGACGACUCGGAUAUUGUCGACAUGUCCGAGUCUGAGGAAGAUGAUCACAGUUCAGAUGAUGAGAUGCCGAAUAUCAUUCUUGAGCCUGGUUCGGAUGAGGAGCGGGGUAAAGUGGAAGAGGAGAGUACGAACGUUGGAGUGGAAGUACAGAAAGGAAAGGAAAGGAGAGAGAGACGGAAGAAGAGGAAAGAAUUACCUACUUUCGCAUCUUACGAAGAUUAUGCGGCGAUGAUCGAUGGUGCUGCUAGCGAGGAGGAUUGA